AUGUCAGAUAGAUUUUGUUCCGUUCUUAUUGGAAGUGAAUUGUCGAUAGUGUCCUCACCAAUGUUUGAUCGAGGAGAGGUAAAAACAGGGGAAAAGAACGCAUUGAACAGUUCUGCUUUAUGGACUGCAGUUUUCGCCGUUACGCCUUUGUACGAUAUUUCCGACACUUUGCUUCCAUGAUGACGACAUGUCAGGGCAUUUUUUAACUAUAUAACUGGGGGGCCAAAGCCCCCCCAGCCCCCAUGGUGGCCCCCCCACUCAACCAUUUUGGCCCCCCCCAGUCAAAGUCCCUUUUCUCUAAAAUAUAAGCAAAACAUAGAAUUUAGAAGUGAGGUUUGAUAUUCUAGUAACUGAAAUUUGCUUUGUGAAUCUUAUGUUCUGUCUUUUAACUUUAUUUAAUGCUAAACAUUGUGUUGUAAAUACCUUAUUAUAUUUUAAACAUUUUCCAGUGGAUUGCAUUUCCCAGACCCUAUAGAUUUGAGUUGUUGGAAGGCUCGGCUAAACAAGUUAGUGACCGCAGAGGGCGUAGGAAGCAGCGGGAAACAGGUCUCCAACCCAGUGUUUUAUAAGAGGAGAUAAUUUUGGCCCUCCACCAAAAAAACCCCAAUUGAUUUCGAAACUAGAAGUAUUUGAAAUCGUAUAUAUAUAUAAUCAAAUAUCUGUAAUCGAUAUUUUGAUAACAACAUAUUUCUCGUAAUAAUCCAUCCUGACUCACGGAUAGCAUAGACUCACAAAUCAUAAUGAAAGAAUUGAUGAAAGGGCCUAACAAAAGAGGUAGGGAAGACUUUGAAAAUGCCAUUUCCGACGAUUUAGAGACACAAAAUGUUCAAAAUUUCCCCGCUCUGUGCCAACCAUGGUGGCGCUUCGUGGGAGCCGGAUCCUCUAAGUUUAUCAAGCUGACUCCCUAGGUGACCAAGUUGUGGUAUCUACAUAAACAUACCAUGCAAGUACUUCACUGAAGGUUCAGUCUAUCUACAGCAUAAUGUAAUGCUGUAUAUCCAAAAAUCUGUUUCAGAAAAUGCAGGAAUUGCAGUCAUAGGGGUAGAAAAAUACAAAUAUUUUCUGGGAGAGAAUACCCCCAGACCCCCCUACUACAAUUGUUACCAACAACCAUCUAUCAUUUCUCCACACUUGGUAUAGUAUGGUCCCUUUUUGUAGUUGGCCCCCCCACUGACGAAUUCUUAAAAAAUGCCCUGCGACAUGUCGACUUGUGGUAGCUCCAGAAUAGCUUGGGAUUAUCGAGAAAUGAAUCUUUAAUUUUCACAAGAUAGUCACGAUGUUUUUGUCUCAUUGCGUAGAGUCAGAGUUCGGAGUUUCUGUUUACGGGCGGUAGUUUUGGAUUGCCGAUACUUUUUCAACGCAGCAUAUUUCUUUCGUAAUAAGUGUCUUAUAUCACUGAAUAAUUCCAACAUUUUACAUUUGCAACUCCAGAUCCUGUUUUUCAACUCCAAAAAGGGGGAACAAAUUCAGCUUCGAAUAAUUCCUGGUUUCUAUUUCACUAUUCGACAACAAGGUCGAGUUGUGUAUGACUCAUAAAUAAAUGGUCAAAGAUGGCGAACUUGCUCAAGUACACGCCAACUAAUUUCGAAAAAAAAUCCAUAUUCAUACUUACAUGACAGAACAAUUAAUGAACGCAAUGCAGAUGCAAGUGUUGUUUAAAGAACAAAACGAGUGCAUUAGAUAUCUUCAGAGCUUUGUAUCUCAGAAAGGAAGACAGCAGAAUCUGAAAGGUUUUGCGUUGCUUUUUGAAGGACAGUUUAGCCGCUACAUCGAAUUAAACAAUAAGAUUUCGUCAUUAUUUUAAGUUUGUCUCAUCUUAUGACCAUAUAUAUAACAUCGCUGUUUUUGCACAAUUGCCUGCUCACUCGAUAUAACUCGGUUUCUUGUUUGUUUUUUAUACAUUUUCUUUUUCCUAUCUUUCUAUGUAGGCGGCUAAUUCCUUGACAGUGACCAUUGCACCAGGUGUGACAACUGGCGAACUUAGCAAAUUCUUCACUGACAACAACGUGUGUUUUAAAACAGAUGCAAUCCUAGACAAAGCGACUUAUGGUGGACUAAUUGCGGCCGGUUGUCAUGUAAGUUAAUGCUUUUAAAAAAUAAUUUUUUCUUCGAGAAAAUAAAAUUUAAGUUAUUUUAUUUAAUUUUUUUAAAUGCUUGUGAUGAUACUCUGAGUGUGCAUCAACACCGAGCAGGCUUGCAAAAUAUGCCUGGCCACGGUGGGAAUCGAACCUACGACUUUUGGAAUACUAGCCCAAUGCUCUGCCAACUGAGCUACGCGGUCAGGUCGGUUCGAGUAUGCGAUAUUUCGGAACUGAGCCUAGUUCCUUCGAUAUCAGUGUAAUCUAAUAAUAAUGACAUUUGCUGUGUUGGUGUAGUGUACUCAGGUGAAUAAGAUGCUUGUGAUGAUACUCUGAGUGUACAUUCACACCGAACAGGCUUGAAAAAUAUGCCUGGCCACGGUGGGAAUCGAACCUACGACCUUUGGAAUACUAGCCCAAUGCUCUGCCAACUGAGCUACGCGGUCAGGUCGGUUCGAGUAUGCGAUAUUUCGGAACUGAGCCUAGUUUCUUCGAUAUCAGUGUAGUCUAAUGAUCAUGAUAUUUGCUGUGUUGGUGUAGUGUACUCAGGUGAAUAAGAUGCUUGUGAUGAUAAUCUGAGUGUGCAUCCACACCUGGGAAUCGAACCUACGACCUUUGGAAUACUAGCUCAAUGGUCGUAUUCGACACAGCAAAUAUCAUGAUUAUUAGAUUACACUGAUAUCGAAGGAACUAGGCUCAAUUCCGAAAUAUCACAUUCUCGAACCGACCUGACCGCGUAGCUCAGUUGGCAGAGCAUUGGGCUAGUAUUCCAAAGGUCGUAGGUUCGAUUCCCACCGUGGGCAGGCAUAUUUUUCAAGCCUGCCCGGUGUAGAUGCACACUCAGAGUAUCAUCACAAGCAUCUUAUUCACCUGAGUACACUACACCAACACAGCAAAUAUCAUUUUUUUAAAGUUGAUAAUUAACUUACAAAUGUUCUAUUAGAAAAAAACGGUAGCAACAUCUCUCUAGAAGUGAACAAGUGCACUUUAAACAUUUCCUCUGACCCAAAAUAUUAACAAAAUGUGUUAAGAAACGUUCACUGAGAGCAAUCUUGCUGAGUAAGUGCUUGAACUUUUCGUUGAUUUCAGGGCGUAGGAAAAGAUCAGUUGGCUGUGUCAGAUUACGUGAAAGGAAUGAGUAUUGUGGGAGCGAAUGGAGAAGAAGCCGUUUACACAUUUCCAUCAGAUGAUCAAGACAAUGAUAAUGCCUUAAAGGUAAUAAUUAAGGAAUCAUAAAUUUCAUGUUUUUUCCCAAAUACCCAAGUACUAUCGCCCCAAAAUAAAUUAGGUCUGCAUGUCCUGAACCAAACCUUCUUUUUCGAAUCAAAUCCGCUAUUCAUAUGGUAGAACUUUGAAGAAUAUUUGUCGCAAUGCUUGUAGUAACUGUGGAAAGAUCCCUCGAAUUCCUGAGAAGUCAUGCUGGCAGGCUGUGAUAAAGGAUUAUUUACGAAUAAUUUGAAUCCACUUCCACAGUAAUGAUAUAAAUUUCUUUCAGUGCAAUAUGGGUUUAUUUGGUGUGAUGACUAGCAUUACUAUGGAGGUUAAACCAAUGGUCAUUGUGAAAGUAGAGAACGAUUUCAGUUAUACUGUUGAAGACCUGUUUUACAAUCCCACCGCACUGAAAAAGCUUUAUGAAGAUAACUGGUCUCUCGAAAUCUUUUGGUUUCCUUUUAACAAUUUGAGCUGGCCGCAGUUGAUCGCCUUGUUCUACUUCAGAUGUCCAGGUGAGUUUUCUACAACAACUGGGGUCUAGUUUUAAGAACAACUAACGCAAAAACAAUGAUGUUAGAUAGUUCAAAGAGAAAAACAUCGCAAGGACACAUUCCAUCCUAAAAUUUCUUGCGUGCAUUUCUCCACUUUCUUCUUUUCCUUUGUUCUAGUGUUUUUGAUUAAACAUUUAGACGACAAAACUGCGUGGGUGACAGGAGCGUAUAGCCGGAAAUCAACGCCAAAUGUAGUAUGGUUUAUAGAGUGUGGAAUUUCUGUCUUCUACAUUAUGUAACAUUCGUGACGAAGGAUAAUUACGACCAUGGCGCUAUCAGUGCAAGGGCGGGGGCGCUAGAAAUUCCCCGACAAAGACAAACGUCCCCAACAAAGGCGCUAAGUUUUUACAAGCAAUAAAUUAUGUAUUUUUUCACAAAAAGGCUAGAGGGUUCGGGGAUAUGCUCCACCAAGAAGCUAGACUCCCCCAACAGGGGACUAUAGCCCUUCUAGCCCUUCAUUAGCGCCACCCCCUGUAUCAGUGUUUUAUAGUAUCAGAAUAUCGGUUGCGUUGUAACUUUGAAGCUAGCAUUGCUUUGUCGAAGACUGCUUUUAAUGACUUCGACACUCGUCGCAUUUAGCGCGCAAUAUACAAUCUAUUUAAAUGAAAGAUUUUCUUCAGAACAAGUAUCUUGGGAACCAAAACACGACAAGCUGUGGAUUAGGAAGAUAAAUCCUGUGGACGUCCCGGAUGAACCUACCCCGAACCAAGUAGAGUAUGAUAUAAAGGAAGUGCAGGAUGCAAUCACCACCGGAUUUGGAAGAAGCAGUGCCCCAUAUCUCAAUAAAAACGAAUUCCUAAUACCCUCUUUUCUGAAGGCGGGAUUCGAAAUGGUGCAGACAUUCAAUGCAACAACUCGAUUUGAGCCCAUGAACAAAGCCAUUCAUUACCAGAGUUUUAUUGACGUUAUGCCCGUUCUGGACAUGGAGUUUGCUUUUAAUGCUGAUCCAGACACAUUUUCUCGUCAAGUCGAGGCCAUGCAAGCCGCCAUUGACAUAACUAAAAAGUACUACUAA